CGAAUGACUAAGGUUAUUUUAGACAUUUCUCAAUAAUCCAAACCAUUACGCAACUUCACUGUAUUAACCUGUUUUCUUCAUCGAAGAAGAUAGAGAGACCAAAACAAAAAAAGCUUUGAAUAUCCGCCAUGGAUGUUGGACGAUGCUUUCUCUUUCUUCUAUUACCAAGUUUCUUCUUCUUGCCUUCACAAACGCAGAGCACCGAUUCAUUCACAUCGGUUCUCGUAUCUCAAAACGGACUCGAUUUCGUCAAAAAUCUUCUAGUUAACAAAGCUAUCGCGUCGAUUAUACCUCUCCAGAUUCCCAGAAUUGAGAAAUCUAUGAAAAUCCCGUUCCUUGGAGGAAUCGAUGUUGUUGUCUCGAAUCUCACGAUAUACGAGCUUGACGUUGCGUCAUCUUAUGUUAAGCUUGGUGAGACAGGUGUUGUCAUCGUCGCUUCAGGGACGACUUGUAAUUUGAGUAUGAAUUGGCAUUAUUCUUACAGUACUUGGCUUCCUCCUAUUGAAAUAUCUGAUCAGGGUAUUGCAUCUGUUCAGGUAAUUAUGAUCAAUUUUACUAAUUCUUAGUUUUGAUCAUCUCAAUCUUGUGAAUCAAUGGAAAGACAAGAUUUUUCUUGCGAAUCACAAAUUUCUGUUCUGUUUUGUAUCCUUAUGUUUCGUGAUUGUUAUAUGUCUUAGAACAUAGUUGCAUAUGGGAAUCAGAGGUGACUGUUGCUCUCUGUUUACCAUUUCCAUGUGUUGGUUUUAGUUGUUGCUGUGAUCUGCUCAUUUUUAUAUCUGUUUUACAAAGGGAAUUUGAUGAGUGCUGAUUCUCGCCUUCUCGGUAAGGUUCAAGGCAUGGAAAUCGGGCUCUCUCUAGGCUUGAAAAGUGAUGAAGGAGGCUUAAAACUUUCUCUUUCGGAAUGUGGAUGCCAUGUGGAAGACAUUACCAUUGAGUUGGAAGGAGGAGCAUCAUGGUUUUAUCAGGGGAUGGUUAAUGCAUUUAAAGACCAAAUUGGGUCAAGUGUGGAAAGUACCAUUGCCAAGAAACUCACGGAAGGAGUAUCAGACCUUGAUUCAUUCCUACAAAGCCUUCCAAAGGAAAUCCCAGUGGAUGAUAAUGCUGACCUUAAUGUCACUUUCACCAGUGAUCCUAUAUUGAGAAAUUCAUCUAUCACUUUUGAGAUUGAUGGCUUGUUCACCAAAGGAGAAACAAAUCAAGUCUUAAAAUCCUUCUUCAAAAAGUCUGUAUCUUUAGUUAUCUGCCCUGGAAAUUCUAAAAUGCUCGGAAUUUCAGUUGACGAAGCUGUUUUUAACUCUGCUGCAGCUUUGUACUAUAAUGCAGACUUUGUGCAAUGGGUUGUGGAUAAAAUACCAGAGCAGUCUCUUUUAAACACUGCUAGGUGGAGGUUCAUCAUUCCACAACUAUACAAGAAAUACCCGAACCAGGAUAUGAAUCUGAACAUCAGUUUGUCCUCACCUCCGCUUGUAAAGAUAUCAGAGCAAUACGUUGGAGCUAAUGUUAAUGCAGACCUAGUAAUCAAUGUUCUAGAUGCAAACCAAGUAAUACCUGUAGCUUGCAUCUCCUUGAUGAUCCGGGGAUCUGGUGCUCUCAGAGUCAUGGGCAAUAACCUUGGAGGCAGCGUAAGUUUAGAAGAUUUCUCCAUGUCUUUGAAAUGGAGCAACAUUGGAAAUCUCCAUCUGCAUCUUCUUCAGCCAAUAGUGUGGACUGUUAUACAAACAGUGUUUGUGCCAUAUGCAAAUGACCACCUAGAAAAGGGAUUCCCGUUGCCCAUAAUGCACGGAUUCACACUUCAGAAUGCGGAAAUCAUCUGCUCAGAAUCUGAAAUCACAGUUUGCAGCGAUGUCGCCUACUUGGAUUCGUCCCAACAGCCUCAAUGGCUUUGAAGCUACCACGAUCUACGACUUGGAAACCUAACUCGUUGUAGUUUACAAUUGGUGGUUGUAAGUGUCGCUACUGGUUUGGCAUUUGGACCAGACUCAGCGACCAAAACGAACAAAGCUUUGUAUAAUACUUUUGUACUUAAUGUUGACUAAUCUGUGAAUGAUAUUUCUGUCUGAAAUAAAAUAGUCUUUGUAAUUA